UUGCAGAGCAGGGGCGCCGAGGGGAUUCUGGGAGCUAGGCGCUCGGAGGCCGAGCGGUGGGUUGGUACCCAGGCCCGAGUUAACCUCUGGCUGCUCCACAGGCCUCGCCUUCAGCCCGCCUGAGCUGGUGGCAAGAGGGCCCCGGCUCUGCAGGUCUCCGAGUUGUCCCAGGAGCCCGCUGUGCAGAGCGCUCAUGCUUCCUUUGCCCUGUUUAACACUUCCCGGCAGCCUCUGUUACAGCCCCACUUAACAUACAGGUACAGUGAGGCUCAGAGAGGUGAAGCCGCUUCCCUGGGGGCCCGUAGGGAGUGGGGAAUCGAUUGCCAGCUUUCUCAGGUAAUGGGCGGUGGGCUGUAAGCGCACGUUCUGGAGACAGACCUGGGUCUGGGUCCUGGCCCCACCGCUUCACUUCACAAAUGUUUACUAGAAGCCGAGGGACUGUUGGGGCGCUGGGGGACACAUCAGCGACUAACAUAGCACGAUUCCUGCCCUUACGGAGCCGACCUUCAUCGCCAGCUGUGUCACCUUGAACUAGCCAUUCCGUAAAAUUGGAAUAUCCUCGUUCGGUGGUUGUGAGGGUGAACUGAAAUGCAGAUAAAGACUCAGAUUCUGUAUACAUGAGCUUUUUUGAGAUUCAGCAUUCUUGCCAGUCAGUCAGACUGCCUAUUAGCAUAUAGGUAUUGACAGCCACAGUCCAUUUGUACAUAGCACAUCACGUGACAGGUUUCAGUACUAGGCAUAUGCUCUAACAGUAUCCAAGCUGUGUCACCGUGUGUCGUGGACAUGUGUAGCUAUGUCGACUAUGUGUAUAAUAUGACCACAGGAUAUGCGUGUAUCUAUAGCUUGUGACUGCGUCCUAUAAUACGUUUCAGUACGCACUGUAUGCCAGGGUUUUUUCACCGUAGCACUACUGAGAUUUUGGGUCCAGAUAAUUCUUUGUGGGGGAGUGUCCUGUGCAUUGUAGGAUAUUGAGCAGUAGCCCUGGCCUGACCCACUAGAUGUCAGUAGUGCCUCCCCCACAGUGGUGACAACCAAAAAUGUCUCCUGGGGCCAAAAUUGCCCUGGUUGAAAAUCACUGGUUUAUAUGAAAGUGCAUAUGCCACAUGCUGUAUAUAUAUAUGUGUGUACAUAUGUAUAUGUGUGUACAUAUAUGUGUGUGUGUAUGUAUGUGGGAAACCCUGGUGGCGUAGAGGUUAAGGGCUAUGACUGGUAACCAAAAGGUCAGCAGUUUGAAUCCACCAGGCACUCUUUGGAAACUUUAUAGGGCAAUUAUACUCUUGUCUUACAGGAUCACGAUGAGUUGGAAUCAACUCAAUGGCAAUGGGUUUUUUUCUUUUUUAACAUAUAUCACAUACGAGAUCGCCUGUGAACUUUUUGUAGUAUAUUAUAGUAACAGAUGACAUUUAACAGUAUGCCAGAUACUAACUUGAGUACUUUACGUACUUUAUCUCAUGUAUCGGUAACUUUUUGAGACAAGUACUAUAAUUAUCCCCGUUUUACAGAGGAGAAACCUGAGGUUUAAAGAAAGAGUAACUUGCCCAAGAUUUCACAGCUAGUAAGUGGGCAGAGCUAGAAUUUGAACCCAGGCAAUCUGACUGAAGAUCCAACCCUCUUUAUCUCUACUAAACCACUCUUUAAUAUAUGAUAGCCACACCGUGUGUGUAUUUAUGAAAGUGUACCUUAAGUUGCAAAUGUACAUUAUCAUUGUAAUCUCAUUAUUCUGAGACGCAGGAAGAAGACUAUGGUACCUACGGACAAUGCCAGUCCAGAGAACUGGAAUUGUUUGCCAGAGAUGGGCAAGUGUAAAAAGCCGGUGUCUGACCUCCUUCAACCCCACAAGGGGCAAGGAGAACCAAGAUCAACAGCCCAAGCGUGAUUCUUACGAAGUGGAGGGUAGACAUGCCUUCUCUCUCCACCAUCUCUACCAAUUCUGACACCAACUGUCCCUCCCACAGUACUCUCUACUGGGUUUGAUAAUUCAUUGCAAUGGCCACACAGAACCCAAAGACCAUACUUACAAUUAUGGGGUUUAUUAGGGAAGUAACAGUUACAGUUCAGGCUCAAGAACCCUCAGGAUACAGUUCUUCCAUCAGGAGAGCCCCUCCCCAGCUGUGCUCGAAGGCACGCCCCCUCCCUGGCCCUCAGCCCAAACGCACUCAGCUUUUUCUUUCCAUGGGCCAGGAAGCCCACUGUGCUGUCUCCUGCUGCCAGGUCUCUGCUGCUAGUUCUCUCCUUCCUUAGUGGUGGGUUCUUCCUCUCUGCUCUGGAAUUGGCUCUCCUUUAAGGCAAAACUGACCAGUUCCCUUGGUAGGCCACAUUUACCCUAUCACACAAUCGCACCCAGUCACCUGGGUGGGAGUUACAAGACCAUGGCUAGAAAGGCCACACAAAAAGUAAUCCAUCAGUAAUCAAUCCCACCACAGCAGGUUAGGCAUGUUAGAAUUCUUUGUGGUUACUGACCACCAUGUCUGUACCCUGUUUUCUUCUAUUUUUUUGUUCACCCAGCUUAUUAAUCCUUUUAACACUUACUUAAACUGAGCUCUUGCUAUGAGCCCAGGCUUUGUGCUAGACCCCAGGGGAUGUAUGCAUACAGAGAAGAGUAAGAUAUUCUCCUUUCCUUUAGGGGAAACCCUGGUGGUGUAGUGGUUAAGUGCUAUGGCUGCUAACCAAAAGGUCGGCAGUUCAAAUCCACCAGGCGCUCCUUGGAAGAAACUCUAUGGGGGAGUUCUACCCUGUCCUAUAGGGUCACUAUGAGUCAGAAUCGACUCGAGGGCAAUGGUUUUUUUCUUGCCUGAAGGAGCUCACAACUAUAGGAGCAGAUAGGCAUGAAAAUAGUUACUGUGCCACGGGUAAGUGCUCUAUUGGAGGUGUGGAGAAGGAGCAAUAGGAGUGAAAUAAAGGUGUAGGACCCCUGGUGGCGCAAUGGUUAAGCUCCCAGCUGCUAACCAAAAGAUCAGCGGUUCAAACCCACCAGCAAUUCUGCAGGAGAAGAGACCUGGCAUUGUUUCCAUAAAGAUUGCAACCUCUAGGCUACCCUCUGGGGCAGUCCUCCUCUGUCCUAUAGUUGGAAUUUACUUGAUGCUGGCUUAGUUAUCUAGUGCUGCUAUAACAGAAAUACCACAAGUGGGUGGCUUUAACAACAGAAAUUUAUUCUAUCACAAUUGAGGAGGCUAGAAGUUUGAAUUCAGGGCGCCAGCUCUAGAGGAAGGCUUUCUUCUUCUGUUGGCUCUGAGGUCCUUUUCUCCUUUCAAGAUCUGUGGUCCCAGCAUCCCUUGGAGAUCUCCAUGUGUCUUGGCAUCAGCCUUCCCUGGGUCUAGGAGGUUCUCAGCACAGGGACUCUGGCUCCAAAGGACACAGUCCACUCCUGGCUCCUCUUUCUUGAUGGUACUGAGAUUCCUCUCUGCUUGCAUCUCUCUCCUUUUAUCUCUUGUAAGAUAAAAGCUGUGACUCAAGUAAGGGCGUGACUUGAAUAAGGGUGGUGACUAGGUUAAGGUUGGUGAGGAGUCACAGCCUCUAGUAAGGCAGAGACUCAAGAUACAUCCUGUCUUAAUCCUGCCUCAUUAACAUAACAGACAACUCACUCCCAAAUGGGACCAUAACUACAGGUAUAGAGGCUAGGAUAUACAACACAUCACAAAAUGGAGGAUAAUUACAUCAGAUCACAGAAUGGAGGACAACCACACAAUAUUGGGAAUCAUCCCCUAGCCAAGUUGACACAUAUUUUUUUGGAGGGGCACAAUUCAAUCCAUAACAAUGGCUCACAACAAGAAGAGUCUGCCUGGAAAAAGGAAGAAAAGCCUCUACUGAGGAGGUAGAGCUGAGGCUGUGAUAUAAGAAUAGUGGAAGUUCACUGGGCAGAUGAAGCAGGGAACAGAGUUCCAGUCAGUGGGCACAGCAGGUCUCAAGGCCUGGAGGUCUGAGAAAUCACAGAAUUUUCCUCUCUGAAGAGGGUGUUGGGAGGUGGCUGGGACAGAACUAUCAAGUGCCAUUGGAAGGAAUAAGCCAGCCACUUGAGGGAGCAUUGCGCACUUGUCCAUCAGUGGGAGUCUAUGGGGGACGGAGUCCUCAAGGAGGAUUAAAGUCAGCCCUUUGGGCCCUGGAGACACUUCUCAUUGCUGUUAAGCACUCACACAAAAUGUUCUGACACUGUUAAAAGCCUAUAAAUAAAUGUAUCAUAUACUUUGGAAAUGCUGGUGGUGUAGUGGUUAAGUGCUACGGCUGAUAACCAAAAGGUCAGCAGUUCGAAUCCACGAAGCAUUCCUUGGAAACCCUAUGGGGGAGUUCUGCUUUGUCCUGUAGGGUCGCCAUGAGUCGGAACCGACUCGAUGGCAACAGGUUUUAUCAUAUACUUUGACCUUGGCCUAGGAACAUAAGGGAAACUGAAAAUGUAAAUCAACUUCUAAGUUUUUUUUAAUUUCAAAAUUCACUCCCAAAUUCAGCAAAUUUCCAGUUACGUGAGAAACACAUCAUACAGUUUUGAAGAUUUACUGCUUAAAAUUCCCUUCAUUAGACUCUUACCUAGCUUCUUGAGUCCUUAUGGCACUGAAGUGACUCUCACAUAAACUCAGGGGGCUUACCAACUUGUUUUGCUCUAAACUGUUUUUAGUAAGCUUUUUAACUACAGAAUUCACAUAAAAAGCAUACAGAUUUUCUUCCUAACCUGUUUUUGCUUUAAACUGUUUUUAGUAAGCUUUUAAACUGCAGAAUUCACGUGAAAAAAGGAAGAGUUGGAGGGAGGUUUGAGAAGAAGCAGGGGACCACGUAGGGGGCUGCAGUGACAUGCAGCGAGAUGAUGGCCAUGAGAAUGGAGAGAGGUAGAUGGGGAUUUUCAGAAGGAAGGACUGACAGGACAGAGCACCUGGAGUGGCGAUGGCUCAGCUAGGGUAGGAGAAGCCCAGGGUGAAGCCCAGAGAAAAAAGGAGUGGUUGUGGAAGAGGCGAGAUUUAGUUAAAUUCUGGGUGGGGUUUGAGGUGUUCGCUGGAAGUCAGUUGGAGGUGUCCACUGCUGAACUCAAGAAUAGAGGUCUGGAUUGGAGGCAGGGAAUGAAAACUGUACUUGUGCCUUCUUCUCUCGCAGCCUUGGCUUCAGCAUGUGCCUAAGGAGGCUUUUCCAGUCCUUACAUCACCAGGGGGUCUGGAGGGCAGCCUUCCUAAAGCACAGCCAGUACAGACCCCAGGGAGCCCGCCGAUGGACGCACUCUGGAGGUGGCACCUACAGAGCGGUGAUUUUUGACAUGGGUGGAGUUCUCAUUCCUUCUCCAGGGAGAGUGGCUACAGAGUGGGAGGUCCAGAACCACAUCCCUUCCGGAACAAUUGUGAAGGCCUUGAUAGCAGGUGGGGAAAAUGGACCCUGGAUGACAUUUAUGAGAGGAGAGAUAACACUAGAGGCUUUCUUACAAGAAUUUGGGAGACUGUGCUCUGAAAUGUCACAGACCUCCGUGCCCGUGGACUCAUUUUUCUCUCUGCUGACCAGCGAGCAAGUGGCCAAGCAGUUCCCAGUGAUGACUGAAGCCAUAUCCCAGAUUCGGGCAAAAGGCCUUCAGACGGCAGUCUUGAGCAAUAAUUUUUAUCUUCCCAAUGGGAAAAGCUUUUUGCCCUUGGACUGGAAACAGUUUGAUGUGGUCGUGGAGUCAUGCGUGGAGGGGGUCUGUAAGCCUGACCCCAGGCUGUAUAAGCUGUGCCUGGAGCGGCUUGGCGUGCAGCCCUCCGAGUCCAUCUUUCUUGACGAUCUUGGACAGAAUCUAAAAGCGGCAGCCAGGCUCGGUAUUCACACCGUGAAGGUUGAUGACCCAGAAACUGCAGUCGAGGAAUUAGAAACUCUUUUGGGUUUUACAUUGAGAAUGGUUGCUCCAAACACUUGUCUGGUGAGAAAGACAAUGGAAAUUCCAAAAGAUUCCUUGGAAAAGUAUCUCAAAGGCUUACUGGGGACCCAAACUACAGGUCCACUGGAACUCCUCCAGUUCAAUCAUGGACAGUCAAACCUGACUUACUACAUCAGGCUGGCCAACCACCAGCUGGUUCUGAGGAAGAAACCCCCAGGGAAACUCCUUCCUUUGGCCCAUGCCAUAGAAAGGGAAUUCAGGAUCAUGAAAGCCCUUGCCAAGGCUGGAGUGCCUGUCCCCAAAGUCCUUGACCUCUGUGAAGACUCAAGUAUCAUCGGCACCCCGUUCUAUUUGAUGGAGUACUGCCCAGGCCUCAUCUACAAAGACCCCUCUCUGCCAGGCUUGGAGCCCAGCCAGAGGCAGGCCGUAUACACUGCCAUGAACAGAGCCUUGGCACAAAUUCACAGUGUGGACCUCAGGGCUGCGGGCCUAGAAGACUACGGGAAGCAAGGGGGCUAUAUUUCGUGCCAGGUGAGCACCUGCAUCAAGCAGUACCGCGCCUCGGAGACCAGCACCAUCCCAGCAAUGGAGAGGCUCAUCGAGUGGCUGCCGCUCCAUCUUCCUGAGGAGCAGAGGACCACAGUGGUGCAUGGGGACUUCAGGCUCGACAACCUGAUCUUCCAUCCAGAGAAGACUGAGGUGCUUGCUGUCCUGGACUGGGAGCUGUCUACCUUGGGCGACCCCCUGGCAGAUGUGGCCUACAACUGCCUGGCUCACUUCCUGCCAUCAGAUUUCCCGAUGCUUCGAGGUUUGAGUGACUGUGACUUGACUCAACUGGGAAUCCCUACCGCAGAGGACUAUUUCAGGAUGUACUGUCUUCACGUGGGGAUCCCUCCCAUCGAGAACUGGAACUUCUAUAUGGCUUUCUCCUUUUUCCGCAUAGCCGCCACCCUGCAGGGAGUCUACAAGCACUCGUUCACAGGGAAAGGAAGCUCUGCAAGUGCUGAACAAACUGGGAAUCUGACGGAAUUUAUGUGUAACCUGGCAUGGGAUUUUGCUGUCAAAGAAGGAUUCCGGGUUUUCAAAAAGACACCAGCCACAAAGCCAUCGCUGAGGUCCCUUCACACCCAGGCCAGCCCACAGACCCUGCUGAGCAUCACAGGCACAAGGAGCUAUAGCUCUUUUCCAGAACCUUCCCCAACUUGUGCCUCAAAGGGAUCUCUGGUCAUCUCUCCUGAGGGCCUCUCCCAGCCAGUCAGAGAGCCGUACCACCCGCUGAAGCAGUUCGGGGAGCAACGUGUGUACCCUGUGGAGCAAGAGCUGCAGAUCCACGAGGCCUCAGCAGACCGAUGGACCCCCUCCCCACUGAUAGAGGACCUCAAGGAAAAAGCCAAGGCCAAAGGACUCUGGAACCUUUUCCUACCCUUGGAGACUGAUCCUGAGAAAAACUACAGCACAGGCCUGAUCAACGUCGAGUAUGCACACUUGUGCAAACUCAUGGGCUCCUCUGUGUACGCUCUGGAGGUUGCCUCAUCAGAUGCCACCAACAUCGAGUCUUCCAUCAGAGAGGAGAACGGCUACCAUGUCAUAAACAGUCGCACGUGGUGGAUCUCAGGUAUCCUGGAUCCUUGCUGCCAACUCUGCGUGUUUAUGGGGAAAACAGACCCGCAGGCCCCGCGCCACCGGCAGCAGUCGGUCCUCCUGGUCCCCAUGGAGACCCCAGGGAUCAAAGUCACCCGGUCCCUGAAAGUAUUCGGGCUGGAAGAUGCACCAGGUGGCCACAGUGAAGUCCUGUUUGAGGCCGUGCGCAUGCCCAAGGAGAACAUAGUCCUGGGCCCCGGCCGUGGCUUUGACAUCGCCCAGGGCCGACUGGGUUCCAGCAGGAUCCACCGCUGCGUGAGGCUGAUGGGGUUCUCGGAGAGGGCCUUGGCGUGCAGGAAGGCCCCAGUGAAGUCCCAAGUAGCCUUCAGAAAACCUCAGGUGGAGCAGGGCACGCUUCUGGCCGACAUCACCCAGUCUCGGGUGGAGAUCGAGCAGCCCCGGCUGCUGGUGCUCAAAGCUGCCCAUAUCAUGGACAUGGCUGGAAAUAAGGCUGCACCAUUGGACAUUGCCAUGAUUAAAAUGGUAGCCCCAUCCAUGGCCUGCCGAGUGAUCAAGCAUGCGAUUCAGGCCUUCGGAGCAGCAGGGCUGAGCAUUGACUACCCUCUGGCUCAUUUCUUCGCCUGGGCCCGAGCGGUGCUGUGCUUUGCUGACAGCCCCGACGAGGUGCACUGGGCAGCAGUGGCCAAGAUGGAGUUGAAGCCCUGCGCUUAGGCCUGCGGGACUGCAGGAGCCGACGGUCCCCACUGGGCCUGCCACUGCCCACAGCUGAGAUAACACGGCGUGAAAGGUCUGGCCUAUGUCAUUCUGGCUCCUGCCCAGCAGCUCAGUCCUGGGGCAGUCCCUGGGCACUCACCCUCUCCGGGUCCCCACAGAAGACAUUUCUGUGAAAGCCCUGAGUUUGCUAUGUCAGGCCCAGAGGAAGAUUGGCCAGGAUUUAGGGGGGUUGGUCCGGAGCCUGGGAAGCUGGUGUCCAGGCUCAGUGCUGGGUUGGGGACCGACGCCCCCUCUCUCUGACUGUGGUGUGUGAGGCUGUGGGGACCAGUGCAGAUAUUGUGGGCUCUGCUGAGGCCGUAUGCCUAUGCUUGCUCCAGAAAGGGCAGCCUCCUGCCCCAUAGGUCCUCUCGAAAGACCCAAGGCCAGAGCGCUGCUGGGAAGUAGGAUGAAACCUAAAUCGUGAUGGUCUUUGUUUGAGUGUCCACCACACAGAACGCUAAUUAACAUGUGAUUUUGGAAAGGGGCUUUGGGAACACAAAAGAAUAAAAAAAAUAAUCUCAGACUUUAUGAACUUUGUCACACAAAAUGGAUUGAGAAUAAAGCCUUGCUCUCCAGCC